AUGGAAGCAGCGGAGGAAACUCUCACUUACCGAGAUGACACCUUACUUCACAGGAAGCUGCUCCCAGAGGACAAGCAUAAGGACACCACGGAGCAAAUCAGCGAGGUGUCUAACUAUGUGGACCUGGACAUGAAACCGGACGGGGCGAAAACAGUGAAAGUGACUUUCACUGGCGAGGGAAACCAGCUGUCAGUUAUCAAAUGUGAGCAUUCAAAGCAAGGGGAGCACGACGAUGAGGGUGAAAUCAUUUCAGAUGACUUAGUUGGAGAGAAGUUAGAGGACCCCCCCGUCCCCGAGCCUGUUUCUGAUGAGCCGCCUAUGGAAAUCAAACUUCCCACCACCGAUCAGGAGAGUGAGGAUCAGCGCCAGGCCGACCCCAGUGAGUGCAGUGAACCUGUGCGCAGUGAGAGCGAUGAGCUCCAGUACACCGACAUGUAUCUGAACAGCAAGACGGAGUCUGAUGAUGGCACGAGCGCGGGGCUCUCCGACCAGUGCGGCUCCGACGCAGUGGAGGACGAGUCCCAUUAUAUCACGACGCACGAAAUCCAGCUCACCGAGCUCGACCACGACGUAGAUUACGACCUGGGACGAGGGACCUGUUGGGAUUUUGAAGACGACAACCUUGUCUAUUCUUUUGUGGAUUACGCGUCUUUUGAAAGCGAUGAUUCACAGGAGGGGAUUUUGAUUCUGGAGGGCAGGAGCCAACCGAAAGUGCCGUCAGGAGCAGUUGUCAGCACCGAGCAGGAUGAUAGUGAUCUUUGUGACUCGGACAAAUGUGCCAGCUCAGAUGAAAGCGUGUUCAAAAACCACAGUGGAGACGCUAAUAUGGGGAAAAUUCAUUUAUCAAUUAAAACUUCCUCCAGGGCUGUGAACGAACCUGUCUUUGACAACACGAAACACUUCAGAGACGGGAGCCACCUCUCGUUGGUGAGCUCUGGCGGCAGAGUGGGGCCCUUCAUCCCCGCUCCGGGCCGUCAGCACCUUGCUUCCAAACUGAGACGGAAAGAUAUUAAUGAGUACUCCAGCGGAGCGUCCAGUUCCAUCAGCGAGCUGGACGACGCUGACAAAGAGGUGCGUAAUUUAACCGCCAAGUCUUUCCGGAGCUUGGCAUGUCCGUACUUUGACGCCAUUAAUCUUAGCACCUCGAGUGAGUCUUCUAUGUCGGAAUAUGGGCUAAAUAACUGGUCAGCUUAUGUGGACUGGAAUUAUGGAAAUGUUUCACGGGGACGAGGGCGAAGCGUAAUUGAGCACAAGACUUCCAGCUCAACUUUGGAAAUGAAUAAGACUGUGGACAGUAAGAGGCAUGGUAAGUCUUUUACCGGCAUGAAAGCUCAACAAACCAAUGUGUACGCGCUAAACAAGAGAACAGCUUCUGAGCAAUCAUCCUCUUCUAGUAAAAAUAUCCAGCUAAACGAUCCUGUUCAACGAAAGCAGCGUGGAGUCAUGCUGAAUUUCCGCUGCAAUGUGAACGCACCCGAAAACACCAGACGGCCAAAAUGUUCAAAAAAAGCACGAUCCAAUGAGGUUACUGGGACUGUGCUGGCCAGGUCAGGGUGUGAGAUAAAAUAUCAUCACACAGAAAGCACGAAUGAUACACACAAAAGAGCAGUUUUUGCAUCAAGUCUAUUGACCAAUGUGCUUUCUAAAAAGAUGCAGUUUGAGCAGGAGUGCAAAAUGGAGAGGGGUGAACUUCGUGAUAAACACCCAGCCCUCUCCCCAAGUUUUCAAAUCAAAGACCAGGACAGGAUGAAAGACAGAAGUCAUGGGAGAUGCUUUCAAAGACAGGCAUCCGAUUCAGGCUCAGGCUGCACUGUUACUUCUGCUGAUGAUCAGAGCCUGGAUGGCAGCAGACCUUGUUCCUGUGAGCCUUUAGAGAAAUGCAACAAACCCCCAGAUGAUUCAGAAAAGAGACAUCAGGGGCCUGUCAACGCAUUGCUCGGCCACAGUGAGAGUAGUGCAUUUAAUCUACUAAGAGAUGAGACAGAACCUGUGAAUGAGGCUGAACCCACACCUGCGACAGACACAAAAAAAGGACAAGACAACAGCAGCAUGCUCACAAAACUCCUUUUUGUUCCAAACUGCCAGCUCCUUUCAAAAGAGAAGGAUCGUACAGAGGAUUCGUCAAGCCGUCCACCUGUCAUAGACCCAUUGGCUGGCCAACAUAAAUGUGAAAAAGAGUUUAUCACAGGCAAUAGUGGAUACGGCAAAGACGACAAUAUAAAGGGAGGAAAAACCCCUGAGAUAAAAAUAUGCCUGAGGAGUGUGAAAGAAAAUAAAGGCUGUACACUGAACAUUGCCAACCUGUUAACCCCAAAAAUAAGUUUCAACACCGUGAACACAUUUAGGGCAGCAGGUGAGGCCAAAUGUCACGUUGUGUCUGCUUCAGACAAAAUCCCCAACUUUACCGUUAGAGACAUAAGAGAUACCAAAUGUAAGUUUCAGACCCCCAUAUAUCAGGUCAGAGAUGUCCGUAAAUUGGUAAAAAGUUCCUAUCGCUUUGUUUCAUUAGAUCAUAUUGAGAGUAAAUGUUCAACAGCAGCAGCUGAUAGACUUGAGGCCACAAAGGAGCCGGUUAAGCAUGUAUUACCAGCUCCUAUUGUGAUUAAAUGUCAAUCUGUAAAAACAAAUGUCAAACAAACAGCAGCUGAGGCGUCACAGGCACAAGCAGAGGAGAAUACACCAUCACAUUGCACCGCCAGUAGGGCGCCACUUGUUGUAUCAAAGCACCCUGACCAGAUAGACAAUCAGCAAAAAAUGGAAACCAAACUGACAAAACAGAGGCAGGAGAAGUUAGCAUGUGAGACGGCUGAAAGGAGAAAUGAGCCUAAAAUACCAAAGCAGGCCGCACUAGAGAAGCUUAAAGCUGCAGUCAAAACAAUGGAGCAGCUUUAUGUUUUUGACAGAAAUGAGUGGAAGCGUAAAACUCAAGCUCCACAAACAAUCAGAGACAGCCAUGUGAUGUCACUUAUUGCCAGGGAGGAGCAUGGAGCAGAGGAGCUGGAGACAAUCACUGACAGGACUCCUCAGUCUCAGGAAGAUAAAGGAGCUCUGAACAUCAUACAUGUUCCAUAUGACGAUGAAACCUUUAAAACACAACCACAGCUAAAUAAAACAUUUAGCAACAAACGUGUCCUUCAUUUGGGCAAUAAGGCACAGGUCAGCAUAAGUUCAGUCAGAAAACCUAUUCCUCAGAGCUCUGCGCUGCAAACAUCCUCAACAAUGAAAAGCCCGAAGACACCAGUGGCUCCAUUCUCUGUGAAAAUAGAGCCUCCCAAACACGGCCAGGUGGAGCAGGGAAAGGUCAAAAUCAUUCCCACUAAUCCCACUGUCGCACCGGCCUGCUCCGACUCUGAGAACUAUUUAACCAUCCCGGGGCUGGGGUAUAUGAAUGAAAUCAAAUUGCUGAAUCGAGAGCAUGUUUCAAGCGUUAGCCAAAUCAAAACAGAGGACAGGAAGACAGCCGAGCAGAAAAGAUCUCCGUUAAUUAUGGAGUACCCGACUUCAAGCAUCUACCACCGCGCAGCCACAACAGGGCCUCAAGCACAGCAGCAGGUGUUGUGUUUCUCUCCAUCUGUCCCGACUGUGUCCCCUACAGGAGAGGCGUUCCCCCAAACCCAGCGCAAGAUGCUUUUGGAUCCCACAACUGGACAUUAUUACCUGGUGGAUACUCCUAUACAGGCCACCACAAAGAGACUAUUCGACCCUGAGACAGGCCAGUAUGUGGAUGUACCCAUGUCCCAUUCUCCUGUGGCACCUGUCAGCCCGGUGCCUCUCUCGCUGUCUCCCCUGGCCCUGAACCCAGGAGCAUUCGCCCCCACCUACAUGGUCUACCCAGGCUUCAUCCCCUCGCCCACUCUGACAGCCCAGGCGGUGUUGCCACAGUCGCCAUGUCACCCUGAGUAUGCAGGUGCAGAAAAGGUAAAAUUUGCAAAAAGCCCUAUGCCAGAAAUGAAUCCAUCAGGCGCAGAGAGUGCGUAUUACAGCGCAACAGGGGGAGCAUCACAGGUGCCACUGCAGCUUCCUGUAAGUUUGGGAUAUUUGACCACCAGAGGAAGCGCAGCUAGCUCCAACAGGAAGCCAGUUAUCAGCAUCACUACGCAACAAGGUCCAAGAAUCAUCGCACCACCCUCCUUUGAUGGAACAACAAUGAGCUUUGUAGUGGAGCAUCGGUGACCAAACAUCGCAUCAUACAUACAUCUACAACGAAGAAUCUGCCUUCAUUCGUCGUGAGGGCAGUUUUCACCCCAGCCACCUGCGAUCUACUCCCCAGGACAACUUUCAGCCACAAACAUUUCUGUCCCCUCUAUGUUGUGUUGUUUAUCCUUGAAGCAGACAUUUCUGGAAACUGUAUGCAUCGCAGCACUUUUUAGGGGUAAAUGCAAUACGCCAUGUACUCUGGCUGAUGCUCUGCCAUGUUGCUAUAUGUAUCUGCUUUGUAAUACUUUCCAUUCAGCUGCUGUCUAGAACUUUUGAAAUGCUGUUUGGGCCCUGCAACAUGUCUAUUCAAAAGGAAACAAGGCAGGCCUCUUCUAAAGAUCUGUUUUAUUUUCGGCCAAGCCACUAUUUUGUUAUUAUGAAUUUUAUUUUACCAUGUCUUUAAAGCGAGACUAUGUAACUUUUUAAAGGCGGAACAUAUCCUUCACUUAAAUAUGAAAAGUAGGAAUCAUGAGCAAUAAAUACAAUGUUACUGAACGCACUAUAGUCAGGAUAGGCUCAUACCAUCUCUAUUGGCCAUGUUAGCUAAUAACUUGAGCUGUGUUACUGUUACAUAUCGUUAUAGGAUGUCACAGAUAAAACUUUCUUUGUUUUACCAAAAAAAAGCAAGCCUCUUUGCCCAUUUGGUUACUCCAACACAAUGAAUAACUUGAUUACAAAAAGCCAUUAUUAAGGAGAUAUCGUUACAACUCGUACUUCCCAGAGAUUUGUUCUGCAUCCCAGGAAAGGCUUCGUAAAUUGAGUUAACAUGGACCAUGUUGAAAGCCUCCUUUGCAAAAGUGACUGCACAGGUUUUGGGCUUGUAUGGCCAAAGGCUCCCUGAAUGGUGAAGGCAGGUUUCAGGGGGCUAAAAAGACUGGGGCUUCUGUGAGCUUCGUUGUGGGAGGAUUCUGAGUUGGCCACGGAGAACGAUUUUGUAUUAUCCUCAUAGAGGUUCUGCCAAACUGUCAGAUAUCUCUGGAGCGCGAAGCAGGGUUUAGGCCAGGCUGUUUUCAGCGAUGGAUUACAACUGCUAACCCAGGCUAACAAUAUUGUUGGACAGUUGAAGUACCACUUUGCAGAACUCCUGAGCCUGACCGAAAGAUCACCCAUUGAAGAGGCAGAGUUAUAAGGAACGGGGAAAGACUUUCCACUUUGCUAACGAAGGUCACUGGUCACUGGCGUUGGCAUUUAUUCAUUGACAGGAAUUCUAGACACAGCCAAGAUGUGGCCUCAGGAUUGGAUCUCUGCUUUUUGUUGAUGUGGUGGUUCUGCCGGCUUUAUCAGAACGUGUUUCCAAUGGGGGUCGGCUCUCCGUCAGGGCUGCGUUUGCCAUCUAUCCCGUUUGUGAUACUCAUGGUUCUGAUGGCAUCUUAAGUUUGCAACAUUCAGCUCUCAUUGGAAUAGUUAGCAGUCGAGUAUGUAGCCUCUGGGAGGAGGAUUAGCACCUCUUAAUCCGAGGCAAUGAAUCUCAGCAGGAAACAGAUAGACUAUUUACUCUGACUUGAAGUCCUUAUAAGUCUUUACCCCUCUCUUCGUUUCUACUCUUACCUAUGGUCAUUAAGGGUGUGGCAAAAAAACAGAUACCCAGUAGAAAAUGGUUGGUUAGAUUGAUGAAUGGUUGGAUGUCUGUAAAACAAUGAACAGAAGACAUCUUUAAUCAAUGUGCCAUGUUCCUGUAAUUGCUUCUUGUGGCCACAGCGGCCGCUACUUAUCAAAAGUUACAUAGUCUUGCUUUCAUUUGAUAAUUUGAUAUUUGCUUACGUAGAUACAACCUAUAAUAUUGAACACCAUUUUCUAAGGAAAGGGACCAUUGGUCUGCAGUGAAUUUUAAAUGCAGAUUAAGAAGUAAUUAUCACCAAAAGUCAAAAUAAUAUAUUUAAAUGAUGCCCCUCUUAAAUGGUAAAAGAUAUCUGACAUACUGUAGCUAUGUAUAAUAUCCUACUCUCCAACACUAAUUUCCCACAUUCACUUGAACAUUUCCAUGUUUUUUUAUAAAAGUCUGUGGCUGCUGUUCUACUUGAAGUAUGUGAAACCUCACAACUCACGAAAUACUGCUUAUACUUGCACAAUUUAUAUGCUGUAUGAAGAAGUGAAUGUUGAUAUUUUAAAUAAUAUGUUGGAGAAUGUUUUUAUAAAAACACAUUAAGUGUGUUGCUCGAAUAUAGCUGAGCUGAGACUGUAACAGUUUACUUAGGACAGUACUUCCUUAGUAGUGUUGGGUCUAAAGCCAGCUGAAACAUAUAGGGGAUAACUUCCUCUAUUGGUGUUGGUUCAUUUUACACUUUUCUGUGUAACGAGACGGGAGUUUGUGCGUGUGCAUCUGAAUGUGUCCGUGUUCAUGGCUGUAAGUUAUGUAUGGCAUUUCAGUAUUCUGUGAGUGUACAACAAGGAGUCAUGUUACUUCACUGUAGACGGCAGCGUACAGACUGCACAUGUGUUGGGUGUGUCUUUACACUUUAAACACAGCAAUGUCCGUUUCUCUGUUUUAACACCCUUGACCUCUAUAGUUGAAAUGUGUAUUUUCAUUUAAAUGACAUAUCAACUGAUGACAAACAUACUCGUGCUUUCUUUAAAGUGAGUCUGGGUUUUUUUUUUUUAUCAGUUUUGUUUCCUUUUGAAUAAGCAGUGGGACAUUCUGCUAGACCCAGUUAUACCAGCAUCCCUUUGUAGAUUGGUAAUUUUGUUAGCAUGUUUCGAAUCCAAACACACAUUAAAGGUAUUUGGAGCUGCUGGUCAGUCUAUGUACCUUAAUUCUGUAAAAUACAUGUUUUUAAUGCGUCUGUGACAACAGACUUUAUAUAAAUUUCCCUAUGAGUGGAUUUUAUUAUAUAAAUUCAUGCAGUGAUUCGAAAGAUGUGUUGACUGUGCAGUAGAUUGGACAUGGUUUGCUUUUUAGAGCAAGUUGAUGUUAAAACAUAUAAAGCAUUUUGAGGUGAAAUGUAACUUAAACUGCACAUUUAAAUCAUAAAACGUUUUUCUUCUUAAUGAAAGUAUAUUUGAUUAUAUUUUUAAAUGAAUGUGCGCCUGAGGCAGUUGAGAGCAGUGCAGAUAAAACAGUAAUUUAAUUUGAUAUUAUGAAUCUGUUUAUCAGAAUUUUCUUUAAGAAAAGUCCAGCCAGAAAUGUUGCCAAGUUUCCAAGAAAAAAGUAGAAUUAUGAAGAAAUCUAAAUUGAGAGAUAUGAUAUACUACCUCCUUUAAAUGUAUGUGUUUGAUGAGCAAGCUGUCCAAAUGUGGAAGAUAAAACACAUUUUCUCUUAUUUCAGGUGAUUUAUUGAAAGCACAUAUCCUUUUUAAACCCUGUGAAGACUAUCAUAAAAACAAUUAUAUUAUAAUUUGUAAGUUACAGUAAGCCAGUUAAUCGUAUGUUGUCAUGAACAUAAAAUCCACAUGUAUUCUAUUAGUUCCUUUUAAGACCUUUGUCUGUGAAUAAUAAUGUACUUAAUGCACUUGGAUUGUCACUCUUUGGUCAUCAACACUGACAGCCAUGAAUGGCUGUAAACACUGGUGAUAGCACGAGUACUAUAUGGAAUUGUUAAUUGUAAAAAUAAACAUUGUUGCACUGUAACAUAGAUAAUAUAAUUUUGUUUAAAAUCAUUCUUCCAGAUGUCCCUUAAAAGAAAAACCUUCUGAUGUUGCAGUUACAUAUUAUGAACCGAGUGUAUCAAAGCUUGAUUUUGUGAAAAGAAAGAGCGUUAACGGAAGGUGAGAUGGUCUGAGAUAAGUGUAUUUAUGAAUGUUCAAAGAAAAAGGGCGUAUAUUUCAAUGAGAUGCCUGAUGUCAACUGUGACUGCCCCAGAAAAGACAGAGGUCAGGAUGACAGCGGAGAAAUGCCUUGAAAGGAGAAGAGAGUGCUGCGCUUGCACUUACAAGCUGGAAAGUAAUGAAUAUGAUGAAUGAGUGUAAUGUAGACUGACAAGCCUUCAUAUGUUUGCAAUAAAUUCUAAAUC